AUGAUCCCGCUAACUGAGACCGGCGAGACAGAUGCUGAUGAUUCAGUAACUGUCAUGUCGAAGCGACUGUUCCACUCGUUACGGCCUCUGGGGAAGAAUCCAUACUAUUUUUAUGAUUUAGCGAAGAAACAGCCACGCCAGAGUUUCGACCCGGGUCACUACUCGUUCGGGAAUCUGGCGUCCACCGAGGAGAGAGCGAGGCAGGUGUUUGGCGACCUCGGAUCCAGGGAUGCCAGUCGGAUGGAUGCUCUUCACAAGGCGAGAACUAUUGCCGGUGUGCGGGUUCCUGAGAAGCCCGAGGAGCCCACCAACUGUUGUAUGAGCGGAUGUGUUAACUGCGUGUGGGAAAUGUAUAAAGACGAUUUAGAGGACUGGAGAGCCAAACGCAAAGAAGCCAAACACAGGCUGCUGACUGAUCCCAAAUAUGCAUCUACCAAGUGGCCAAGCGAUUUCGGUCCCGAGCCUCCUUCUCGAUCUAUAGAGACUAAUAUAUCAGAAGAGGCUGGCGAGUUGCCGCUAGAUGACGACGAGGCUUGGGACGGCGUAGACGUCAAUAUCAAAGUUUUCGUAGAAACUGAGAAGAGACUCCAUGCUCUUCGAAGACAGAGAGCUGCUACUUCCUCAGCUAGCCUGUAG